GUGAGGUAAGUUAUCUACCUAUCAACCUCAAACAUGACGGAGUAGGGAAAAGCCAUCUGCCUCAACCUGCCAAAGAAAGCUAAAACAAGCCCGUCGUCUAGUUUGGAGCGGCAAAUGGGGCGGACGAGCACACUUUCUUCCAUUCAGGUGGCAGAUUUGUCCCGAAUCACGAUGUUUUGCAUGCAUGCGGGAAGAAAACAUGCUUUCAAGUUUCAAUCACCUCUCAAUCCUUCCUUCUGGGCACCGGGUCUAGUUCCACCCCCGGCCCCCCCUCCCUCAGUCCCCAAUCAGUUCCCAAUCAGUCAAUCAGUCCUCGAUCUUGAGUCCCCCUUCCCCCAACAUUUGCCUUCCCCUCAUCUCUUCCCGCCAGUGCGGAUGUCAGCCGGAGAAGGGCCGGUACUCAAUAGCUCAAACUCAAACUAAAAAAUACAUGAAAGACUCUAUCAUCUGCGGAUAGUCACCAGAACUACGAUGUCAUCUGCUGAUCCCCGUUGUUCACCCGGCCAACUGUCUUGAGUUAAACUCGCGGACCGCAUCCUUGGC